AUCAAAACAAACAAACACACACUCAACAACUGUAAUUAAUCAACAAUGGAAGUAGUUCAGGUUCUUCACAUGAAUGGAGGUUCGGGAGACUCCAGCUACGCAAACAAUUCCCUCGUUCAGAGAAAAGUGAUAUCGAUGACGAAGCCGAUAACAGAAGCUGCCAUAACCGAGGCGUACACGACGACGGUGUUCCCCGGCGGUGACGUCAUGUCGAUAGCCGACCUGGGCUGUUCCUGCGGCCCCAACACAUUCUUCGUGGCGGCUGAGCUUGUCCGAACUGUCGACAACCUCUGCCAGAAGCUCGGCCGCCGCCCGCCGGAAUUCCAGAUCAGCUUGAACGACCUCCCCGGAAACGACUUCAAUACGGUUUUCCAGGCGAUGCUGCCGGCGUUCCAGGAGGUAUUCAGGCCGGCGGUUUCCGGCGGGACGAAAUGCUUCGUGUCGGGAGUCCCCGGCUCGUUCUACGGUAGGCUGUUCGCCGCCGGCAGCCUGCAUUUUGUUCAUUCUUCUUACAGCCUCAUGUGGCUUUCCAAGGUUCCCGAAGGUGUGGAAUUGAACAAAGUGAACAUAUACAUAGCGAGGGCAACUCCUAGAAGUGUGAUCGAUGCAUACUACAAGCAAUUUCAGGUCGAUUUUUUGACAUUUCUGAAGUGCCGGUCGGAGGAGGUGGUGAGCCGCGGAAAAAUGGUGUUAACUUUGUUGGGUAGAAAAGGUGAAGAUCCUUCUAGCAAGGAUGGCUGCUAUAUUUGGGAGCUUCUAGCCCUUGCCUUACAAAAAUUGGUCUCUAAGGGUCGCAUAGAAGAGCAAAAGCUACAUUCAUUCCACAUCCCUCAAUACACACCUUCUCCGGCAGAAAUGGCGGCGGCAGUGGCGGCAGAGGGGUCGUUCGCGGUGGACUGUCUCGAGACAACCGAGAUCACGUGGGCUUCCGGGUGCGGAGAUGGCGCAUACGACGUGGCCAAGUGCAUGAGAUCGGUGGCCGAGUCCCUAUUGUCCGAACACUUUGGAAAAGCUGUAAUGGAUGAGGUGUUCGACACCUACCGACAAAUCUUGUCCGAUCGUAUGGCCAAAGAAGAUCCCAAGUUCAUAAAUGUCACCAUUUCCUUGACAAGGAAGUAGUGAUCGAUCAAUUGAUCGUUUGGUAAUAAAUUAGUGUAAUGUGCAAGCAUUAAGACUUGGCUUGUCUAAUUAUGUUUAGCACUAUUUAUCGAGAAAUCUGUUUCUCGAUAUAUUAUAUAGAAAAAUAUAUUAUCUAUUUAUAUCGCAUUAAAUAGAUUUGUGUGUGCGUCACAAAAUCCAUUGGAUAUUAUGUUUAAUAGGUGGCCCAAUAAUUGUAACAACGAUGUGUUUGGUUUAUUAGGAAAA